AUGUGCCGGCAGGCAGUGAACUUGCAUGACGCCAUCGCACGCGGGGAGUUUGAGCGCCACGGCGGGCUGAUUGGCGUGGCCUGGGAACAGCGAAAGCGCCUGGAUGCUGAAGCGUCCUCAGCAGCCGCUGCUGACAUCAUUUCGCGUGUGGAAAACGACGUUUGGGUCCUGAGGCUCGCGGGGGCUGACGGCGGGUGCUUCUACAUGGCGGCGAAGGACGUGGGCGCCGCCCAGCGAAUUUGGGGCGAGUUAACAGUAAAUCCACCAAACGCCACGGCACGAUUUGUGGAGAUGGGCGUUUGCCACUGUGGUAUCGAAGUGAAGCGGAUGUGA